UCUAUUAUAUCUAUGGUCUAUAUAGUGUAUUUUUAUCCUGUUUUUACAUUCUGAUUAGAACUAGCAGUGCAUGUAUCAAAUCUCCAUAUCUAAACGUCAUAAGUGAAACCAAACUGGCGAAUUGUUUGUUCUACACAACAGGACUCUACUUCCGUUGAUGUAUAAUACUUCGAUCGGUUUAUACGUUUGGGGUCUCUGGGCAACUUUAGCAGUUGCAAUAACAAAAUAAGUCAAAUGCGAUUUUAGUAUUGAUCCUAAAGUCCGAUUUAGAGACGAAAUCAUGAAAUGUCAUGGCUGCCAAGAGGAUAAACUUUCAAAAGAAUUUCCAUUUUAUCCCCUGACUGAGGAUUGUGAUCAUCCAAUACUUCACUGCCUUGAUUGUGCCACAGAGUCUGUGAAGAAGAACAACAAAUGCUCCCAGUGCGAGACUCCGGUGAGAGAAGACAAUGAGAUAUAUCAGGAGUAUUUAGAAACACUGGAUUUCCUCUUCCCAACUAUAAAGGAGAGUGAGGACGAUGGUUACCACCAGGCACAAUGCACAGCUGCUGUGUCUGGAAAUAUUUACGUGACAACCAUCUCUGGUGAGUCAGCAACUCUCUCGUAUAAUCCCCACAGAAAGAUCCUGGACAUUAAGAGAGAAGUGGAAAGUCAGCUGAAAACACCUCCGGAAAAACAACGUUUACUUUACCAAAACAAAGAGUUGAAGGUACUGAUGUUGAAGAAGGUGAGAGAUGAGGAUCGUAAAAUGCUUACGCUGCGAGACCACAAAGUUCCACCAGAAAGCAAAUUGCACCUCAUUAUUGUUUUAUGUGCAGUUCCAGACGAGCUUGAAAAUGCUGUUUUUGAUUUCUUCUGGGGAUUGCCUCAUGGGAGCAACAAGGAUUACUUAGAUGUCUCAGUUCUGGUUUACAGUGGCAGAGAGAAUUUGGGUGUCAUCAACUAUCGAUAUCGUUAUCUCGACUCCUGCCCAGGCGUCAAACACUCAGGUCCUGCAAAAAUGAAUCAUCACAAACGGGAAGGUCGUCAACAUGUCCAGUUAAACCUCAAGUCUGUUCCACAUAAUGUUAAUAAAUUAGUGUUUACCCUAAGUGCUUGGGCUUCAGCCAAUGUUUCAUCAUAUCCCUACUACAGGCUCAAUUUUUAUGAUGUCAACUUUCCUGACCAACAAUUGUGUAACGACGAGGUUGACGUCCAUCUCAAAGAUUAUAGGUCCAUUAUCAUGUGUUGUUUGUCGAAAAAUAACGGCAAAUGGGAGGUAAUAGACAUGAAGGUCGGUUGCCGCGGCCGCGGGUUUACAAGAAAUUAUGGUCCUAUAAAGCGGGAAAUAGGAACAUUGAUAAAAGACAAUUUAUUUUAAUUGCUGAAAGAGGCGAAUUCAUAUAUUCUAAACAAAAGAGAAAAUGUAACUAGCAUGCAGCACAUCAAAUCAGAGAUAAUUGUUCAUUGUAUAUACAAUAGAUUCUGUGAUAGAUUUAUCGGACGGACGACAAUAAUGUAAACGCCUAGGCUCUGCUGAGGUGAUUCGUAUAAUUUAAUAAUUUUCCCCAAAAAAUGCUGGAAAUCAAAUCAUAGGGAUUCAAAAACACAGAGAAGCCAUACAACUCCCCAUCUUUAAAUUACCAAUUUCCAAUUAGUACCAAUUGCAUCAUGUCCUGCCACUGAUGUGUGUGUGCGUGUCUAAAAUCAACCACUCCAGCUAUGUAUGCGGAUGAUACUCAAAUCUUUUUUUCAUCCUCUUUUGAUGCAAAUGAACUUAUUAUAAAGAUGUAGCUGGCUUAAAAAAACAGGUUGCAGAUGCAUCCAUCUAAAUGUAAAAUGGUGUUUAUUGGUUCCCCAUAUAACAUUAAUAAUUUGAUGUGUGAUGUACCCGUUAUAUGGCUAAUGCAAAACCCAAAUGAUAUGUAAAAAGGCGAGUGCAGGGAUUGGCGUUAUGAAACGCAUCAGACCCUUUGUUCCUAGACAUACCCUAGAAUCUGUUUAUAAAAGUCUUGUGCAGCCUUACUUCGAUUACUGCUCCCCUCUGUGGGAUACUUGUGGUAAGCUGCUCAGAGACAAGUUGCAAAGAUUUCAGUUUCGUGCAGCGAGGGUCUUAACAGAUGCAAAUUAUGAUACUUCAUCAAUCGAACUUCUUAGCAAACUUUCUUGGGACACACUUGAAAAUAGACGGUCUGGUGCCAAGUCAGUAUUGAUGUACAAGAUACUUAAUGACCACACUGCGCCGGGCUCUUCGGGGAUCUUUCGUGAGACGAGAAAUAGAUCAAACUAAUUAUCACCUUCGAAACUCUGCAAUAGACCAAAGUCUCCGUAGGCCAAAUCGAGAAUACCUUUAAAAAUGUUUCAAAUAUAGCGGCGCUAUGCUUUGGAAUCGGCUCCCAAACGAAGCAAAAUCAGCUGAGUCGCUUUGUUUGUUUAAAUCAGUUGUUGUUGGAGACUGAAACACAUCCUACUUAUAUCCAUAUAAUCUAUCUUUGUGUGAAACUGUCUGUGUGUAAUUGUAAAGUUUAACCUCAUGUACCCCUUAUUCGAAGCCCGGGGAAAUAGUUCAGUAUGGAGAAAUAAAUAUUUCAAUGGGGAAAUAAAUAUGAAAUCUAAGCCUCACUAAGACACUAACAGUAAGAGAUGAGGUCUGUCAAUUUUCGGUUAUUGCGAUUAACGAUAACAUUUCACAACGAAAAGAGAACUUAACAAUUAAACAGGGGAAAUAAAGGCCAAACUUAAGUUAAUUUGCAUGUAUAUUGAUUUGUAUAUUGCUUUUUAAAAUCAUAUUUAAAGACUUUUUCAUUGUCAAUGACGUAAAUGUAAUUAGCAAC